ACGGCAGAAUCUCCCCCAAGCCGCGACAGCUUGAUCUCAUCCAAGCUUUUUCAUCCUCCCACCACAAAUUCGGCGACACAUAGCCUUUCUAUUUCUGUAUUGAGUCUCUAUCAUCCUCCACGAAACUGUAUCCAUGUAGAAAAUCUGCGCAUUUGAAGAAUUAUGAAUUCCCAUCCCGAGGACAUGUCGCACCGCGACCGCGAGUCGGCCGAGCGACACCAAAGAGACCAGUUUCCAGCUGGAACCCCUCGACAGAGCAACACUGCCUCUCUUCAAAUCCAUCAACCUGUUGCUUCCCGUCUCCCCGGCGCCAUUCACAGCCCCGGGGGCCUCCUUGCUACCCAUGGAGGUUCGGGUCCUCCCAUUCCUCUCGGCGCCCCUUCGGGCCCCGUAAAUUCAUUCGGCGGUCCCCUACAAGGCGAUUCGAAUCGCCCACUUCCACACAAUGCUCAGAACGCAUCGAACCAAAUGUUUGGAGCUAUAGGUGGGCACAACCAAGCUCCUUCGGGCUCUUCAGGACCUGCGGGCCACCUAUUUGGUGGGCCACUACAGCAACAACAACAACAACAGGAGGGCAAUCGAGGUUCACAGAAUCUCCCCUUCGGUGGUGGUGGUGGUGGGAUACCAGGAGUCCAUCCUAUGCCCAGUGGUAAUGCUAGCAGCAUGCCACAAGGGCAACAACCUAUUCUUAAUGAUGCCUUGAGUUAUCUAGACCAGGUUAAGGUCCAAUUCGCCGAUCAGCCAGAUGUUUACAACAAAUUCCUUGAUAUUAUGAAAGACUUCAAGAGUCAGACUAUUGACACUCCAGGAGUUAUCAACCGUGUAUCAGAGCUGUUUGCAGGGCAUCCCAACCUCAUUCAAGGCUUCAACACAUUCCUUCCUCCCGGUUACAGAAUCGAGUGCGGUGCUGGUAACGACCCGAAUACCAUCCGCGUCACAACGCCUAUGGGAACGACGGUUCAAUCGAUAACUGGUAGAGCCAACCAAGGCGACAACGCGCAUGGUCAACCCGGUACCAACGGCCCCUUCUUUAACCACCGCGGUAGCAACUGGCAGCAACACCCGCAACCGCAGCACAGUAUUGAGAGUCCCGAAGCUUCUUUCAGUGCGCCCGUGACGAGCGGCCCUGGUUUAUUUGGUACUGCUCAACCGCAGACUUCGAAUUUCGACGGCCCAGCUGCCAACACUCAGCAGCAGCACCGUAGUACACCACAAGUGCAAAAUAACUCAACUACUCCUAACGCACCUACCACUCGCAAUGCUCUCACACCUACCCCAAGCGGUUCUCAGGGUGGCCCUAACAGUGGUAAUCAACAAGCAAACAUGGAAAAGCGAGGACCAGUCGAAUUCAACCAUGCAAUUAGCUACGUGAAUAAGAUAAAGAAUCGAUUUCAGGAUAAGCCUGAAAUCUACAAACAAUUUCUUGAGAUCUUGCAGACGUACCAACGGGAACAGAAACCCAUUCAGGACGUUUAUGCACAAGUUACCACUUUAUUCAACACUGCUCCUGACCUUCUCGAAGAUUUUAAACAGUUCCUACCGGAAUCUGCCGCGUCUAACAAGGCUAACGGCGCAAAGGCCGAGGACGUUCUCGCUAUGUCCGGCCUCACUGCCCAAACCACGCCACAGCCUAGCCACAGCGUAAGAGACGGCCAGAAAAUGCCUCCAGUUGGGAAUUUCGCGCCUCCUGCCAGCGCGAGCAAAGAUAAUAGGAAGCGACCGCGCAAUGAGAAGCAGGCACCCCCUCCUGCGCCUGCCAUGGCGGAUAGUCCGGCUUCUGGUUCACGCGCAAUUCCCGGAGUAGGCCCUGCGAGCAAGCGUCCCAAGCUCAACCACAAACCACUUACUGCGGAUACGCCAUCCAUCGAGCCCACCCUUACCCCAAUCUUACCCGAACCUUUACCACCCACGUCCUCAGCAAAUGCGACAGCUGAUGAACUUGGCUUCUUCGAGAAAGUCAAGAAAUAUAUUGGGAAUCGUUCUACUAUGAACGAAUUCCUGAAGCUCUGCAACAUGUACUCGCAGAGUCUUAUUGAUACCAACGACCUUGUUCAUAAGGCGAGCCAGUUCAUUGGUGGAAAUGCGGAACUCAUAGGAUGGUUCAAAGCCUUCGUCAACUAUGAAGGUCUCGAUGAGGUUAUUGAGAAUAGACCACGACCACCGACUGAGAAAGUUUCAUUGAGUAACUGCCGAGCUAUUGGUCCUAGCUACCGGCUACUGCCUCGUAGGGAGAAGUUGAAGCCUUGCGGCGGUCGAGACGAAAUGUGCAACGCUGUUCUCAACGAUGAGUGGGCAUCCCACCCGACCUGGGCCUCCGAAGACUCCGGAUUCGUCGCUCACCGCAAGAAUGCAUUUGAAGAGGGCCUCCACCGCAUAGAAGAGGAGAGGCACGACUAUGACUUCAACAUCGAGGCUAAUGUUAAAUGCAUCCAGUUGUUGGAGCCAAUCGCCCAGCAGAUGCUCAACUUAGCACCCCAUGAACGCGACACAUUCCAGAUGCCCAUAGGACUUGGGGGCUCCAGCACUUCGAUCUUUAAACGAGUACUAAAAAAGAUUUAUGGGAGCGAAAAAGGUCUCGACGUUGUAAACGAAAUGCUAACAGAGCCCUGGUCCGUGGUUCCCAUUGUCCUGGCCCGCCUGAAGCAGAAAGAUGAGGAAUGGCGAUUUACGCAACGAGAGUGGGAGAAAGUGUGGCAGCAACAAACCGAGAUCAUGCAUCUCAAGAGUCUUGACCAUAUGGGUAUCCAAGUAAGACAGAACGACAAGCGUAACCUUUCUGCAAAGCAUCUCGUAGAUGUCAUCAAGACGAAGCAUGAGGAGCAGCGACGCCUACGCAGCUCAAAGAACUCGGUACCGCGAAACCAGUUUACCUACGAGCUCGGCGACCAGGAGGUCAUAUUAGAUCUACUACGCUUCAUGGUCCUCUACGGAACGAACAACGGUCACCACAGCGCAACAGAGAAGGAACGAAUCGUCGACUUCUUCGAACUCUUCAUCCCGCGCUUCUUCGAUUUGUCUGAGGAGAAGGUCCAAGACAGACUCCAUGACAUUGAUCGCGAGUCAGGCGAGGAGGAUGCCGAGGAACAGCUCCCAGCAGAAUUAACAAACGGGCGUUCCCGGCGAAACGGCAAGAAGUCAGACUUACUUCGUGGUGUAUUGGACCCCGGCCGUAAUGGUGCCAAGACUCGAACGCAGAAGGAGGACAGCGCUGCCUCUGGUAGCAAGGAGACAACGCCGGACGCUGGAUCUGCUAAUGAAGAAGAGAUGGCCGAUGCUCCAGAGGAAUCUAUUCCUGCCGAGCAAUCGAACGAGCGUUGGUUGCCCAUAAUUCCACGAGCGACGGUUGUGAAGGGCGACAAUCCAUUACUAGAUGCGGAUGGCGAAUUGAAAGCCGACGGCUUUUUCCCUCGCCCUUGGUACAACUUUUUCUGCAACCAAACAAUCUACGUCUUCUUUACCGUGUUCCAGACACUCUACAAGCGUCUUAAGGAUGUGAAGGAGAGCAAGGAAAGCGUCUCCGAAGAAAUCGCCCGUAUGAAGAGCAAGAAGCCAGCUAGGGAGCUUGGAAUCGCUGUCAACGAGUUGAAUUACUUUGACGAGAACGAUCCUGCUUCCUUCUGGCCGAAGACGGUAGAACUCAUCGAGGACUACAUUACGGGAGAGAUUGAUGAGAAUCGUUACCAAGAAGUGCUCCGCCAUUAUUAUCUUAAGAAGGGCUGGACCUUAUAUACGAUUCAAGAUCUACUGAAGACACUUUGUCGUCUCUCCCUAACAUGCACCAGUUCCGAUUCAAAAGAAAAGACUCCAGAUUUAAUCAGUCACUUCCUCAACAGUCGCAAGGAGGAGGAGACAAGUUAUCAAACCGAAAUUAGUGCGCGUAAAUACGCCGAGAAAUGUAUCAAAGAUGGCGACAUGUUUGUCAUUUGCUGGUUCCCGCAAAAGCACGAAGCUACGGUUCGCUGGCUUCAGCGCGAUGAGACAACAUUCUACAUGGACGAGAUGGAAUUACGCGAGAGAUGGCAAUACUACAUUUCUUCGUACAUGCGUGUAGAACCUACGGAAGGAGUCCCUCGAUCUCGCCUUCAAAAGACAGUCCUUGCCCGCAAUCUACCGUCUAGCGAAGUAGAUUCCGAUGAUGGAGAUGUGCCGAAGCCGCUCGCAUACGAUGAGGGUUUAGUGCUUCGCAUUUGCCUGAACUCGAAUAAAAUCGUCUGGGAAAAGGGCACUUCCGAGUUCUUUGUCUACAACACCGAACCAGAGGAUGGAAACGAGAAGGCUGCUGUUGAGGAGCAGCAUCGCGUUAUUACCGAUCACCGCGAACAACGAUUCCGCGAGAAGAUGGUGAUGAACAACGCCUGGAUGCGCGGUAUGAGCCAAGAUAAGGUGCAGAAGGUUAACGAGGGAUUCCAGAAAUGGCUGAAGGAUGGGGUUUUACCAGGUGCUACCAGCCAGGAGGACGCUGACAUGGAGGGAGUGGAAUAGGAAGACAAUUCUUCCAACCCCGCGUCUCAGAACUGGGUUCGUCGUUCCACUCGUAUCAGGAACCGACCAGCUUCAUACGAGUGAUUGUGUUUUCCCGAGUUGAGUUGACAGGUGACGACGCAUCGGUGCAUAAGCUUGGUCAAAAAGGCAUAAACAGGCGUUUAGGGGAUGUAUCAUCAAUCCGGCUUUUGCUUUUUUCCUUUGUUUUACCUGGCCGAAUCAUAAUCGGUCUAUCGCGAUGUGUUGUUUCUUUUAAUGUUAUGCAUGCACGCCUAGAGCAGCGCAGCCAAUCAAGACCAGAGGAUUAAGUUCCUCGAAAGUCGUUUGUUUUUGCCUUUUCUACCUACAGAAAGGAGGGAGUGGAGGGUUGGCUUGCUUGCUUGUAUUAUAGCUAGGCGUCUUCGAGGCUUUAUUUAAGACAAAUAUGGAAUGUCUUAUUUCUAACUUUACUUAGCGCAGGUGUUUAUAGACCGCAAGUGAUUUGUUUGUUAUCCGGUAAAAGCGAC